AUGGGCCGGCUCGACCAGAGUGAUACCACGGCCUCACAGAAAACCGGCCAAAAUGUCCACCAGGACAAUACGACCCUGGCCCUGACUGCUCCUUCGAAGUUAUCUGUGGUCUUCCAAGUGCUCAUUCGGCGAGACGACACUACUGCGACUGCUGGUGCAACCCUGGGACCUUCAGGGAUACCAUCACUAAUGACUGCCGCAGAAGACGCUACGGACGUUGGGGAUCAAGAAACUAUCUCCGGCCACCGUAAGCGUGGACCAGAACCAGAACCAAGCGUAAUAGUUGUCAGACCUCUACAGCCGGAAUUAUUAAUCGCGAGGAGUAAGGGGGCGAGAGGGUGGCGGAGUGGUGAGCAGCGCGCAGGCGCGGGCGUGCGGCGGGCACUUCGCGAGGAAGGCUCGCGCGCUCCGGCCGCGUCCAGCCCGCGGCGUCGCGAUGCGCGAGCAGCCGGCCCCGCGGCCGCUCCCGCAAGCGCCGCGUUAACCGGUACCCAUGCAGUGGCGAAAACUUACCAGGUUGAAGUCUUCGCCGGGCGGACAGUCGCGCGCUCGGAGGAUGCUCUGCUGCGGCCGCAGGAAGGUAUGCGAUCCGAUCGAUAG